AUGCAACAAGUACAAACACAAUCCCUCAUGAACACCAACAAACUGAUCAUUUUCAGAGGAAUUUCAGGCUCUGGAAAAACUCACAUUUGUGAUGAAUUAAUGAAAAAGUUUGUUUCUAAUCCUCUUCCUUCUUCCGAUGAAGAGGAUCAAGAUGAAGAGAAUCGACAACAUCAUGAAAACCAGAAGACUCCAUUCUCAAAGGAUGAUUCUGAAAAAAACAAUGAAGACUCUUCACAGCCACCACUUCGAAAUGUCAUCAAACUCUCAAGAGACGAUCUCCGUGAAAGUCUCUUUCCUAAAUUCAUUGGAGGUCCAACCUUUUCAGAGCAAGAAGAACGAAUUGUCGAUGAAUGGAUUAAACGAAGUGUGAGAUAUUUCUUUUAUCAACAUUCGAGAAAGAAUUACGUGCUGUCCAAUGAAGAUCCAGUGUUGUAUGUAUUUGUGGAUGGAAUGUGUUUGAACGGAAUUGAAUCGGUGAAGUGCUUUGAAAAAUUAUGUAAGGGAAUAUUUAGUAAGGAUGAAAAAGGCCAAAUCAAUGGGAAUGACCUUAAAACGUCACAUGUCAUGGAGAUGGUUGAGAUGGUCACUACGAUGAAUUUACCUUCACCACCCAUGUCGUCUGAUGAUGAGAAUGAACAAAAUGAGAAGGGAGAAAAAUUGUUUGAUGUCAUUAACUUGAUUAAGGAUUCUGCUCAACCCCAAAUGACCAAAAAUUCGACUCGUGGUGACACUUCCAAUUUGGGUUCAAAGCCUCAAAACAAUGGACUACCUCCUCAUCAAUUAGCUUCCUUCUACUGCAUUGAAGUCGAACGAGAUGAAUCGAAAUGCAAGGACGCUAUUUCGAAUCAAUCCCAAGUACAUCCAGCAGGGUAUUCUCGUGACUAUGAAAAGACAAAACAACGUUUUAAGAGAAUGGAUGAAGAAUAUGCCUCCACCAUUAAUUAUCGACAUAUUUUUAACGAUGAAGAGAAUAUGGAACGAAUUGUGAAUGAUUUGGUGGAGUGGAUUAAUAGCACGAAUUGA